AACUUCACUUAACCCAUUUGCCAGUAUUUGAGAUGACACUCUUCCUCUUCCAUUCUUCACUGACACAGUCAAACUCAAACAUUCAAAUACGACCCUUUGCCAUUUCCAGUACCUUCUCCACUCUUUACUCUCUCUUUUCUUAUCUUCUUCCUUUCCUCUACUAUAUUAACCAAACCAAAACAAAACACAAUUUUACCUUUAACGUCACGUAACGUUAAACCGAUCUAAUCUUCUCCUUCCUCGAACUUUCAUUUCAAUUCCGUACAAUCUCUCCGUAGUUUAUGUUACCCUUUUCAACAAAAACACCAAAGCUAAUUCCUUUUCUUUGACCCUCUUCACAAAAUUCAACCUUUACCCUAACCCUACAUUCAUCAACUAGGGUAGAGGUAGACCCUUUUACACUCUAUCUAUAUCUAUCUCUUUUUUUGUUCUGAUUUUUUCAUUUUCAGAAUGGAAGAGGAAAAGGGUAUUGAGAUUGUGGCAUUGGAAUCUUUGGGUAAAGGGUUUGAUUUAGCUAGUGAUUUUCGUUUGAGAUUUGCUAAGGGAAUUCGUGAUGGUGUUAAUAGUAGGAAAAGGUUGGUGGUUCUUGAUGAAGAAAACAAGAGGGAUAUUUUGAUUCCUGGAGCUGCUGGAGCUACUGUAAUCAAAGGGGUUUCUGAGAAUAUUCGGUGUGAUAAAGGAGAUCGAAUUCGGUUCAAGUCUGAUGUACUUGAAUUCAAUCAGAUGUCUGAGUUGCUAAAUCAAAAAUCAGCAGUACGAGGAAAAAUUCCUUCUGGCUAUUUUAACGCUCUUUUUGAUAUGAGUGGUGAUUGGCUUCGUGAUGCUGCUGACAUAAAAAACCUUGCUUUUGAUGGGUAUUUCAUCUCUCUCUACUGUUUGCACUUGACUGCUUCCCCACUUGUACUACAAGAGGAAGUAAAGAAAUCAGUUCCAGCUCAGUGGGAUCCAGCUUCAUUGUCUAGGUUCAUCCAGACGUAUGGUACUCACAUAGUAGUAGGCAUGGCUGUUGGAGGUCAAGAUGUAAUCUGUGUCAAACAAAAACAUUCAUCUAAGAUUCCUCCCGGUGAUAUCAGGAGACAUUUAGAGGAUCUUGGAGAUUUUUUGUUUUCGGAUGUAAGAAGCCCUUCUUCACUACAGAGGAAGCCGGCAGAUAGCAAACAGAAGGUCCCCGAGGUCUUUAAUCGUGUGAUGCAAUCAAACACAACACAGUUUACCAGUAUUUCAGAAACUUCUAGCAAGGACGGCCUCACUAUUAUUUGCUCCAAACGAGGAGGAGAUGUGUACAAGCACAGUCACUCACAUUGGCUCCAGACAGUGGCUGCUAAUCCUGAAGCGAUCAUAUUCAAGUUUGUUCCUAUUUCCUCACUUCUGACUGGAAUUCCUGGAAGUGGCUAUCUUAGUCAUGCAAUCAAUUUAUAUUUACGAUAUAAGCCUUCUCCCGAAGAUUUACAAUAUUUUUUAGAGUUUCAAAUUCCAAGGCAAUGGGCACCCAUGUUUUGCGAACUGCCUCUCAGGCAUCAGCGGAGAAAGACCUCUUCCCUUUUACUGCAAUUCAGUUGCUUCAGUCCAAAGCUUCAUAUUAGCUCUACACAGGUGGAAAGUGAACAGAAACCUGUGGUUGGCCUCCGAUUGUACCUGGAGGGUAAGAAAAGUGACAGACUUGCUUUACAUAUAAAUCAUCUUUCGAGCCUCCCAAACAAGAUGACCCUCUCUUCAAGUACCUCAACACCAACCCCGAGCAUACCAUCUAUGUGGCGUGGAUCCGAUGAAAAUGAAUCCAGUGACCAAUUCCUAGAACCAGUCAGAUGGAAGAGAUUCUCAAAUGUGUGCACAGCUGUGGUCAAACAUGACCCUAACUGGUUGAAUGAUUGCGGAGGUGUUUAUAUUGUAACCGGUGCACAAAUCAUUAUCAAAGGAAGUUGGCCGAGAAACGUGCUUCAUCUGCGUCUUCUUUUUACUCAUAUAGCCAAUUGCACUAUACGGAAGUCGGAGUGGGGCGCUGCACCAGAGACUUCAAGAAAAUCAUCUUUCCUCACAAAUUUGAGCACAACAUUUUCAUUCACACAGCAGAGUACUACUGCUGCCCCACCAAAGCAGGCUCCGACUGCACUUAACUCUGGCAUUUAUCCAAACGGUCCACCCGUGCCUGUUCGCUCGAGUAAGCUACUUAAAUAUGUUGAGACAGCUGAGGUUCUACGAGGCCCUCAUGAUGCUCCUGGACAUUGGUUAGUUACAGCUGCUAAGCUUGUGACCGAGGGUAGUAAGAUAGGAUUGCAGGUAAAGUUUGCAUUGUUGGAUUAUUGGUGAUUCUAGGUGACUACUAUAUUCCAGAAUAGUAAUAUCAAUGGUUAUCAUGUAGGGUUUGCUGAAUUUCUUUUUAAAAUCUACAUAAUACAUGUACAUAUUAUAUAAUUUCUGAAGGCUUUGUACAGUACAGUAUACAAAAUGAGUGGUUGUUGACAUGAGGCAAUGGAGAAUUUAAUCUAGGAUAUACUGCUA